AUGAAAGAAAAGAUCCUACCCAAUCCAUUUGCAGGCUCCCCCUCUGCCUUGUCUUCAGCCACGAUUUCUUUCCGACCAAGGCAGACCCUGCCCGUCAAAGGAGAAGAUUUUACGAUGACGUGCAUCUAUUCGCCUCCUUCAAAUUAUCGUGCAGUAUAUUGGAGACACAAGGGCAUCCAGGUAGCUUAUGAAUUGUGCAGUUCUAUGAUGAGUAGCUGUACAACUUCUGUUCCUAAUCCUACAAAGUACACGUUAUUGGGAGAUGACCGCAGCACAUCCCUUACAAUAAUCAAUUUGACCACUGGUGACAAUGGGAGAUACACAUGCGAUGUUUUGAACCUAGAUGGGCAACGUUCAGCGAAUGAACAAUUGGAAGCACUAAAUCCAGUUCCACCAGCAAGGGUAUUUGUGUCUGACACGCAAUCGGGCUGGCAGUACUUGAACUACGCUAACAUAAGUAUAACUGCUGGAGAUCCGUACAACAUCACAUGUGGGGCAAAUAGGGCAAGGCCUCCUGCUGUUCUGCAAUGGCUAUUACCAGAGGGUGUGACCGUUGUUCAUCAGGAUCAGUCUGAUGACAUUCAAGACGGAUAUUACACAUCCCGGAAAUCUUUGACAAUCACACCAACCAGAAACGAUCACGGAAAGAUCAUUAGCUGCAUCGUAUCACACCAAGAUCUACAAAGGACUAUUAGAUACUUAGUUACUCUGAAUGUUCGUGUUCUACCGACCAGUGUGCUCCUCUUUCUAACUGGAGGUAACCAGUCACUAUCAACAAUCCUAUACGUUCAAGAAGAUUCACCGACUUCAAUUACUUGUAAAAGCAUCGGGUCAUUCCCAGCAACUGAGCUAUCAUUUUGGUUAGUUGGCGACCUUGACAGGACUUCGAUCCAUGCAAAUGUAUCAAGAAGUAGGAGUGUUUUAGACGACAGUUUAUUUGACACCGAAAGUACCAUAACCAUAAUGCCAGAUGUCACAAAUCAUGGAAUGCACAUUCUGUGUUCCUUCGAUAUAGACGAUGCCUUAUUUGUUAAAGUGGUCGCAGUUAGACUAAUUGUUUACGAAACAGAAGGAUUUGGUGUCUUGAUCAACAGAGGCAAGUAUCUUCCAGUGAUUGGCGAGGAUUUUACAUUGGUCUGCACGUACACACUACAUGCCAGAAAUAAGGAGAUCACGUGGCAGAAGGAUGCUCCGCCUUCAGUAAUCAUAGUUACCGAUAGAUCAAGCCGUCUCUGCUCCGAUAACACCACUAGAACGAUAAUUGCCGGGGAGCCAAAUGUGCUAACAUGUACAGCAUCGGAAGCAAGGCCUCCUGCAGUCCUUAACUGGAUUGUACCAGAUCAUCUUACUUCCAACCAUCAAGAUCAGACUGAUGUCGUUAAAGGCAACAGCUACACGUCUCGGAAGGUUGUUACCAUCACGCCCUCUGCGAGUGAUCAAGGAAAGCAUAUCAGCUGCUUUGCGUCACAUCAAAUACUCCAGACUGAUCUUCUUCCGUCUAACACGACAAUCUUUCAAUCCGGAAAUGGAAAAGACUACCAGAUAUCACCAACAGUUAUUUACGUUCAAUAA